AUGGCCUCCAGUGCAUGUGGGCAAAACUGCUCGCGAGACUGUCGGGAGGAGUCAGUGACCAAGGACCAGCUGACCAUUUGCCAGAGCGACUGUUUCAUGAACUGCACGGUAGACUCUGACUAUUCGGACAGCGAGGAUAGUGGGAAUUCCAGCGAGCUGGAGAAGGGUGAUGACUCGGACGUGGAAAGCACCACGCGGUCGACCACGGUGACGACGGUGACCACGGUGAGCAGCACUCAGGCCGAGUCGAAGACGACGAUCCUGACCUCCAUCAGCCAGACGACGAUGGCCACCACUACGACCAGCUACGACCACUUCGAGGGCACGGACGGCACCACGGAGGGCGCCCGGAUGAACCUCACGAGCACGGUGGCCACGACGACGACAUACAUGUCCACGUCGAGCACAGCCACCCGAAUCAACACAACGACGAGCACAGCGACCACCACAACAUCCACAACCACAUGGAACACCACGACCACAGGAACGACCACCUCCACAUCCACCACAACCUUGCCACCCCCACCAGUGCGGCUGGUGCAGCCAUCAGGAGAUGUCUUCAAUGUUGGCGAUUCAAUGCCGGAGGAGGGCUUUGUGCGGGGUCGUGUUGAGGUUCUCUACGAGAAUCACUGGGGCACCGUCUGCAAGGACGGCUUCGGACGGGUGGAAGCGCAAGUGGUUUGUAACGAGCUGGGGCUCACAGGUGCCUGGGGCCGCUACGACGCGUCGGCGCUCGCGGGCUUCGGCGGCUCGGAGGAGCAGACGAUUUGGAUCGACGACAUCAACUGCCAAGGUGAUGAAGGAUUCCUGAGCUUGUGCAGCAAUGCUGGUUGGGGCAUCAACAACUGCUGGCACACCGAAGAUGCCAAGGUUUGGUGCGAAAUGGUCAGCACGACCGUGACCACCUCGACAAUGACCACCACACGUCCGACCACCUCAACCACGACGGGCUUCCCUUUACAGACGGUGAUGCCCAGGAAAGGCUUCAUCCGACAGGAGAUCACUGGGCGGUGCUUGGGUGCUGCCAGCUGCGAGGAAGGCGCGCUCAUCACCAGCCAGGAUUGUCUCUUCUUCCAGCCCGACAGUAUGCAACGCUGGGAUGUGAACGAGCUUGGAAUGUUGCAGAACAUGGGCUGCCCGGGCAUGUGCCUGAGCCCGAUUGGGGAGACUCCCGUGACCUGGGUUAUGCAAGAGGUGGUCCUCAAGCCUUGCAACUUCACCCUGGAAACGUUUGAGAACACUGAGCAGCGAUAUCUUUUGCAUGAUGAAGGCCAAAUCCAGAGUCAAUGGAGUGCCCUUUGCUUGGAUCUGGAGGGGCACUUGGGCACUGGCAGCCAGACGAUUCAGUGGAAGACCUGCGAGUUCGACGCGCUUUGCUACAGCAGGGGCUAUCGUUUCGAGCCUGUGAGCAUGACGGGCCAAGGCCUGACAUACGAGACUGGAGCUCUGGAGUGUCAAAAGCGUUGUGCCAGCGUGGAGGGCUGUGCCCAUUGGGCUUGGUGGACGAACGAAAGGUGCUACUUGCAGAACAGUUCCGCCACCUACCUCUACGACCGAUGGGCCUUUUCCGGCGGCCCGAGCUGCGAAGAGUCCUUCUCUGACCAACGCUUCGGCUUCGUGGUUGCGGAUGCCCGACAGAUGCCCACGCGUGGCCUGUUACGCCACUUUCAGGACCAGACCUGUGCCGAUCCUCUGGGCACUCCCCUGGUAGGAGCUGAACAGGUCACGGAGGUUUACAUGGGCACCUGUGACACGCAGAAUCCACAUUCCGAUCAACUCUGGGAACUGACGCCAGAAGGGCGUUUGUGGAACCCGGCCUAUCAGAAGUGCCUCACGGUGCUCGUCCCUAGCAACUGGCAAGAACAGGAGCCUGAGAGCUACCUGGGUGCCGCAGAGACCCGUUUGGAGCUUUGUGAUCUCAGCAAUGUCUUCCAAACCUUUGAGAUUGACGCCGCGACGGCAAAACUGAAAGUGAAUGGCACCGACUAUUGUCUGGUACAGAGCUCGAAGAACAACGCCUGGACACUGUCCAGCGCAGAUUGUUCCACUUCGGACGUGAGCAUGGCCUGGGAGUUCGUGGACACCUCGUUGGUGGCCAAGCGCUGCAUGGAGAUCUGCGAUGAGCCCGGGGAGAUCUAUGACUUCUGGUGCAUGUAUGGAUCCGGCAACAACGCCUUCAAUUGCCACUGUGGCUUGAUGUUCAAGAAUCCAGGUUGGUACUACAACGACCUUUUGGAAGGUGUUGCUGAAGGUAUGGACCUCACGACGGCCCGGUUCGGGCUGAUUGGCCAGCCCGAGAUUGUGAUGUUGGAUGUGCCAUCCACCAUGAUCUCCUCGGUGGCCGAAGGGUUCACUGUCCCAGUGGAUGCGAACUUGAGCAGUAUCUAUCAGCCGGGCUUGGAGAUUUUGGAUGAGAUCCCUGAGACUGGCUUUGAACCAAUGACGCCUUUUGGUUUCAGCUACUUGAGUGAGGACCAACAGCCCAGUGUGGAGAAGAUCUUGGUGGAUGGUGCAGCCACCUUGAACAUCAGCGAGGGUGCCAUCGUCAACCUGGAAGUGAGAAACUUCGAUGAGCUGGUGGCUGUGAAGGUCUUGAUCGGCUUGGUGGAGGUCCCAUCAGUGAACUUCACCGAGACCUCAGUCACCUUUGAAGUUCCGGUCUGCGUGGCGGGAUGGUCGGAGAUGAAGGUCAUGGCUGGCUGGAAAGGUUGGGCUGACUUCUCUCCAAUCCUGGAUGACUCCGACCUGCAGGUGAUCGGGCGUCACUUCGAACGGGUCCUGGCGGACUCAGUGCUGGUGAAGUUUGGGGAGCUCAAUGAGGUGGAGCGUCUCAGUCCCAGCGUGGGCUCGAUGUUGGGCGGAGCCACUGUGCGGAUCGUUGGCACCGGCUUCAAGCUCCCCAGCUCCGAGAACAACGUGACGCUCUACCACAAGAGCGGCUUGUUGAAGGGCGAGCUCGCAGGAGAGUGCAACGUGACCUUUGGAACCUUGGAAGUGCUGGAGUGCCAACUCCCUGAAGUGGACUUGUCCCAUUGGAGCAGCACUCAAUUCGAGGAAGCAAUGCUGGUGGAUGUGAACGGGCAACAAGCCUCCAGUGCUGGGACGCCAUUGACCUUCACCUACUCACGGCCCCAUACGCCCAUCGUGAAGAGUGUGAGUCCCACUGCCUUGUCCUUCGCCAUCACCAGCAAUGUCACGCUGAGUGGGUUCAAUUUCGGCUUGCUCCAACGCCAGGUGCAGAUCAUGUUUGGAGACCGGCCGUGCCGAGUUUGGGAGGUGAAUCAGACGACCAUCAUUUGCCAGUUGAAGAGAUCCGCCAUGGUGCACAAGCCCCUCUGCACCGAGAACAAGGACAUCUACAACGAAGAUUGCAUCAUCAAGCCUCCCAACUUCUUUGUGAAGCCCAAGCUCUUGGUGACCAGCAGAGGCUAUGGCAUCUCAGAGCGUCCAUCAUACCUGGACACGCGCUUCGAGAUCCACCGCGUCGACCCGCCCGUGGGCUCCGAGGAGGGCGGUGCCCGGGUCACGGUGGAAGGCAUCGGCUUUGGCGACGCCGCGAUGACCAGCCAGGCGGGGGUGGUCACGGUGGAAGGCAUCGGCUUAGGGAGAUGGAUGGCAGGAUGGGAGGAGAUGAACGAACGAAGGGAUGGUACGGAAUUGGAGGUGUCCGUGUUUCUCGAGUCAACCGUGAUCAACUGGGAAGACCACCAUAUCCCAAAAGCUUCGUUUGGUUGGUUGGUUUCUCACAGUGAAGGCUCCAAGGCUCGUGAAAUGGCUGCAGCAUAG